AUGAAAGGAAACUCUGAGUUCAAUAAAAUACUGGACAAAAUUAAGGCGGAUUUGGAACAGUGUAAGACGAAUCCAAAUAUAAUUGGUGCGCUGAAUAUCCGAAUCAAAUCAUUUCAAAGCUUGUUGGAUAGCACAAACCUAACACCAGAAGAGCAAACAUUCUACAAUUCUGAGUUAAAUCGCAUAAAGAACGCAUACAAACAAAUUACGAGUAACAGGGCAAAGCAAAGAGCAAAGUUACAGCGAGAAAUGACUGAAUCAAAUCUAACAAUACAACGAAUUGAUGAACUGACACAGACGCAACAUUCUAUGAACGAUGAUGAAUUCUAUGGACAACAGAACAACAAAUUGACUACGGUGCUGAAUCGAGGACUUGAUUCCCUCGCAAGUUUGAAAAGACAGGAUGAUUUGCUUGAUUCAAUCAAUGGAAAAAUAAAAUCAACAUUCAUCAGGUUGGGAUUGAGUGAGGAGAUGUUGAAGAACAUUGAAGCAAGAACACUGGGAGACAAGACACUAUUCUAUGGGUUGCUAGGAUUUGUGGUGCUUCUGAUGAUAUUUCUUAAAUUUCUGUUCUGA